GGUUCAUGUCUCCCCUGUGAUGCGGCGCUUGACGCGUGAUGUAAUUUCUCUGUACGCAUAAAUAUAGUCGUUGGGGCUAAAAAAGCACGGCAUGGCCGAGUUUUGUCUCUGAGCGGUGGUAAAGUCACUCAGGACCUGCACGCUUGGACUCCAGUGUGAUUUUAGGGCACUUGCGGUAUCACAUCGAGCGCGACUUCAUGUCGCUCAACAGCUCGAGCCGCGGCUUCGCCUGUGAGUAAGCGCUUUUGCUCUGUGGAAUCUUUAUUUGGGGGGCGGCGAGGGGGGACCGUGAACACAAAAAUAGACAAAGAGCUUAUUUUUAGCGUAUUUGAACUGCUACAGACAGUGACGCGUGCCUCCGUGUUGGUCAGGAGGAUGAGUGUUCAUUCGGCCCUUUUACCGUUAUUGGUGUUGGGACUUGUGGCGAGCUCGGUGCGUUGCGCUCCCCUGCCCGUGGAGCGACGCUGGGAGACUCUUUACUCGCGCUCUUUGGCCCGGAUUCCCGGGGAGAAGCGAGAAGUUAACAGGGACAGUGAAUAUCUCACGGGCAUUAAGAGACUGCGGCGCCUCUACUGCAACGUGGGCAUUGGAUUUCAUCUCCAAGUAUUACCCGAUGGUAGGAUUACUGGGGUGCACAACGAAAACCGUUACAGUCUUCUUGAGAUAUCUCCGGUCGAGCGCGGAGUCGUGACACUGUACGGCGUCCGGAGCGAGCUAUUCGUGGCCAUGAACAGCAAGGGGAAGCUCUACGGAUCUGCGCAGUACACCGACGAGUGCAAAUUUAGAGAGACGCUCCUGGCAAACAACUACAACGCGUACGAGUCUAUGGCAUACCCGGGCAUGUACAUCGGACUGAGCAGAACAGGCAAAACAAAAAAAGGAAACCGAGUGUCAACAGCAAUGACGGUGACACAUUUCUUGCCGAGAAUCUAAACGAACACGGGAAAAAAGCACAACACAUGCAGCCAAUGCGGGGGGAAGCCCGUAUGAUGCACUUUCUACAAAUAUUACACACGAGGUCAAGUGUAUCGCAUUAUUACUAUCAUCAUCAUCAUCAUCAUCAUCAUCAUCAUCAUCAUAUAUAUUAGCCUAUUUAUAAUCGUUCGUUUUAUAUUUCUUUUUAAACAGCCUCUUUCUAUGGGUGGAAAAACACUUAAUUUAUUUGUUUAUUUAUCCUUUCUGCUGCUAUUAAGUGUUUAAUAACUGAAAUUCCUACAAUUAACUACAAUAUGGAUUUUUUGCACUGUUUUUUUUUUGUCAGUUUGUUUAUCUCUUUUUAAAACUUUUAAGGAGAUGAGUGGUGGAUGUUUUGUUCCUCAAAACAAAUGCUUAAAUUUGCCACCAUGCCACACCUGCGCAUGCGUGAAAAUUGACGCACUCAAGCUACUAUUUUGACCUACAGUUUAGUAUGCGUUUUGGGCAUAGCCUCAUGGUGAAGUGCAUGGCCUGUCGAAAAUGAGAAGAGUUACAAUUUAUGACCACGGAGGAAGUCGUCAGUAUGACUUAUUUUUAAAAUUACAAUUGGCUAUGAAUUGUGAUGUUGCGGCUAGGUGUAGUCUUAUUAAUGAUUUUUUCAGUGAAGACUUGGGGAGAUGCAAAGACAAAGCAAAUCAUUGUGGUGAAACCUUACAGCAGCCACUGUUUCAGAAAUAAAUGUACCAAACUAUACUUAUCCUUGUCGCAUUUGUACCUUUAGUAUGUAUCUUUUACCUGGGAAGGUGCACAAGGUUUACCUUUAAUUAUUCUUCAAAGGAAAGAUACAUCACUCCGUAAAGUCCAAGUAUGUACCUUAAAACAUGCUUAAAGGCAUAGCAAUACAUAUUGGUACCACUCCAGUGACAAGCAAAAGAUCAGUUUGGUCUCAUUGUUUCUGAGAUUAUAUUUUAUAUUUCGGUCAGCUCGUAGAUAAUUUCAUAUAAGUUACUUGAACAUGCUCCAAGUCAUAUUCCUGACUUCCAAAGUGGCAUAUGUGAAUUGCAGGAUUAGCAUGAACACAGGAUUAGUUCAAGUUUCUUGACUUGUGAUAUUGUACCAACCCCAGUGGUAUUACGCACUGAAGCCAUUGUCCAAUGUCCGGGCUUUGGGGGUCUAACUGAAACAGUAUCAGCUUACUCUCGGCCACUGAAAGUGGGCUGUUGAAGUCCUACACCCCUCAAAUCUGUUUUUAGCUCUGCUCCAGUGGGGUGGGGUGUAGGCGUCUUGUAGGAUGGGGGUUAUCUGAACUCUGAACUUAUCUGCUGUCAAUCUUUGUCAGAUCUAUAGAGGAAGAUAUCUUCAAGUAAAAUCCAGACCACUUCAUUCAAAUGAAAUUUACUUCAGUUUUCCCUGUGGUACAAAUGGGCCAUGGUGGUGUUCAGGGAUGCAUUAUAAAUGAAAAAAACUGCAACUCAGUGUUCAUAUAUACUGAUAAAAGAACAUGAAAUGCAUAGAAAAUUGGCCAUUGAUUUGAACACUUAAUCUUUAAAACGCAAUCUUCAUAGACCCCUAGACAGACAGGUUGCUUGGUCCGACCACUCAGCUCACUUGUACCACUUAUUCAGAGUUCUUGAUUUCUUGGUAGAGGUGUGUUCAGGUCUGGGAUAAAGCACAAAUACAGGAAUAGUCAGGUUGAGAAACACUAUUCAUAUUCAUCUUUUUUCAUUUGUUUGUUUUUGUGGUUUAUUGAUUUAUUUAUUAUUUUAUAUGUUUAAAGGAGACAUAUGUCCCUUUCAGUCAUCCUCUACCUCAUAACGUUGUUGACUGACAGACUCCUCUUCCCAGUUUUGCUGACAGCAAAUGUUCUUCCUGUUGCUGCAUCUCCCCUCGGCUGAAGUCCUGGAAGGCCACUAGCUGCGCCUUGUCACGUUUGAGCUAUCUUUAACCUGUGAUUUACUUUUAGAAAUGAUAAUCAUGGUGGAAAUAUCUGAAGACAGCUGUGAGACUGCACUAUAUGCUUGACCGGUAACCCUAUAUUUUACUGUAUAUACAUUUUUUGUUAAAUAGAAAAUUGCUUAAUUGGUGAAAUGCCGAGUGGCUGCUUUUUAAGUUGGGUGUUUCAGGAGAAGUACGCUUACUGCUAUAAACAGAAAAAGGGUUAAUCAAAUCCAUUUAGGACUGACAGAAAUGAUCUCAAGUGAAGCAUUCCUUUUUAAUAUUUUUGUUUGUUAUAGGUACAAAAUUAAAUUAGCAUGAAAAUGAUUUGAGAUUGUUCUUUAAUUAAUCAAAGUCACAUGUUUUGUGUUAUAUAGUGAAUAUGGAUAGGGAUAUGUAGAUGAGUGGAUUGAUAGGGGUGGAUGUGAUUGAUAAAUAGGUUCAAAUGUCAGUGAAAAUCUCUUGCUAGACUGCCUCAAGAACAAAAGUCUGUAUCAGAUAUCACAGCCAUAUUGAGAAAUCUUGAUGAAGAAGCAGCGAAAUCUGUAUUACAGUAUUUGUUAAAAUCCACUGCAUUGUAUAAUUAAUUCCUCUGCAUUACUAAUGGUCAUGUUUAUAUUCUUCCUAACUCUGUAGAAUUAUUCAUUUUAUAUGAUUUACCUGACAUGUUGCGUCAGAGGAGCCAUUUCCCUCUCCUUACUUCUUCUUUCCUAGAGCCGUGUCAAACCUCUUUCCAAAUGGAGCUGUUUUGCAUCAUUGUGGAUAUUGUUUACAAUUGGCUGGAUGCUCAGUGAAGGCAAAUAGCUUCUCUGACCCUCAUCAUGAUCUGGAACAGAUACAAAUCAACCGGACUAAAUUUGCUUAACCAAAAGCGUGCAGUAUCAACAAGCACAGUCGUGAACUCCGACAAUGCAUGAACAGAAAUGCAUCAUUGCCUAAUUUAAUCAGCCACUCCACAACCACCUCUAGUAGCCUAAUGUCCAUUUUUAUGAUUUGUACUAAAAAAAAAUAUGAACAGUACAAACAUAAACUAUUCAUUUAUUUUUGACAAUUCCUUUAUGGCCAUUUCUCCGCAUCUCUGGUGAAGCUGUUAGACAGUCUGUCUGAGUCCCGUGGUGGUGUGCUCUGAACUCUGUUGUAACAUUUACCAAAUAUUGUCUGUAGUUUUAUACAGUUCCUGUUCAACAUUGUGAUGUAUGUGCUGUGCACAUGACAAUACCCUAACUUAAGUGGAAGUUAAUAAAGCUCAAAACAAAAAAGA